AUGUCAAUUCUUGUGGUUCUAGUUUCUUCUAGUUUCCAACAAGAUGAAGAAGAAACUUCCGAUUUUUAUUCAGUGUUGGAUUUAACACGUUCAGCAACUAUCGAAGAAAUUAACGAGAAAUUUAAAACCGUCAAGGAAAGAUAUGAACAAAUUCAAUCCUUGGUUCAAGACGAAUCUCCACAAUCAGACGAAACUCUAACACAAUUCGGAUUUAAUCGGAGUGACUUUUCCCUCCUCACAGAACAAUAUUCCCAAAUGACUAAAGCCUAUGAAACACUCUCCGAUCCAACACGUAAACAAAUUUAUGAUCAAUUCUUUCGAAUAGGAAUUUAUCUCAGAAAGGAAUGGGGAUGGAAAGAAGAAGAUUUGGAAUUUUUGUUUAAUUUACUUGUUGGAUAUGGAAUUGCAUUUGUAGUGAUUGCAUUCUUGAUGGUAAUUGUUGGAAUUUUGCUGAUUUUCUUGUUUGGAUUAAUAAUUUGGGCAUUUUGUUGUGUUUCUUCCAAACAUUCAAAUUCAUUGGAAAUACCAAAACAAUUGGAUCAUUCAAAAGUAUUGGAAAAGGAUAAAAUUGAAUAA